UUAAUUGAUUAUAACAAUUAUUACAAUUAAUCUAAUUAGAAUUACUUAAUUUUCAUUUAUUAGUUAUACGAAUUUGGCAUUGCAGUCAAAAUAAGUUUUUCUCAGGGUCUGAAUGAGUUGAAUGCUCCAUUUCCGCACAUUUCAUAAAGAACCCGUCAUGGCGAUCGGUAUUUAGAUAUUGUCGUAUCUAUAUUGUUACGCAAUUUACAACCUAGAACAGUUUUGUUCACGUCACCGCCUGACGACCAUAAUGAUUAAUCUAAAAAGAGAAUGUACGAAAUAGCCGUCUAACUAUUUGCGAACCGAUCUGCAAAAAGAACCGAAAAAGUUAGUAUAAAUUGCUGACUUUUCGCGAAACACAAUCAUAGCAUCAGUAGCAUUCAAUCAGUUCAUAAGUGCCAAAACAAAAUUUCAAAGCAACAAUCAUGAAGUGCAUCGCAGCUGUAGUCAUGAUGGCUCUCGCCGUAGUUGCUGAAGCUUCCUACGCCCCGGCGGUCUACGCUGGUCAUCACGGAUAUGCUGCGGCUCCUGUUGUGACCUACGCCAACAGUUGGGAUCAUGCUCCAGUGGCUGUGGCCUACAAUCACUGGAAUGCUCAUCACGUUCCUGCUGCCGUUGCCUACAGUAGCUGGGAUUCUCACUAUGCUCCCGCUGCCGUAGCCUAUGGUGCUGCUCACUGGAAUAACCAGUGGGACGGUCACCAUCGUGCCGCUGUUGUUGCUGUUGCUCCGGUCGAGCAUUCUGCUUCGUAUGUUGCCGCCAAUCGUGGAGCCGUGCAUAAGGCACCACUCCCAGGUCAUGUCGUCAACCAGAAGUCUCUGAAUCUGGCUCCAGCACCAGGAACUUGGUAAUUCAGUUGCAAUGGUAUCGGGAGAAUCGGAUUACAACACUCGUUUGAAGAAGGCUAAUCUUUUGUGAAUAUUGUAAAUAUUAUACAAUAAAUUUCGUUUAGUUAAUUUAA